UGCAGUUUUCUUUUUAUUUAUUUUUUCUUACAUCGAAAUUCAGUCUUACUCUUUCGAUCACUCUUUCUUUCUCUCUUUGAUUGCAGAUUUUCUCGCUAUGGCUAAGAGCUCCUUUAAGUUGGAACACCCUCUCGAAAGGAGGCAGGCUGAAGCCGCUCGCAUAAGGGAAAAAUAUCCGGACAGAAUCCCAGUGAUCGUUGAAAGGGCAGAGAAGAGUGAUGUGCCUGAUAUUGAUAAGAAAAAAUAUCUGGUUCCUGCUGAUCUAACCGUAGGCCAAUUUGUCUACGUUGUCCGGAAGAGGAUUAAGCUUACUCCUGAGAAGGCUAUAUUCAUUUUUGUGAAGAACAUUCUACCACCAACCGCUGCUAUGAUGUCUGCCAUAUACGAGGAAAACAAGGAUGAAGAUGGCUUCCUUUACAUGACUUACAGUGGGGAGAACACAUUUGGGAUCAUUGAGGCAUAUGAUGAAGGGAUAUCCAUAUGAAUAUGAAUUGCAAAAAAUAAAAUCAGUUUAAGAUGUAAAUACUCUGUUGCUGCCUGCUAGCUCUUGGUGGAUGAUGUUGCCUUGCCUAUUAUUAGUUCAGUAUUCUUUGGCAAAGGGCCUCGUCUGACAAUUUCUUUUAAAGUUGGUAACUAAAUUUAUAUGAGCUAAACAACUUUUGCUUUGAUAUGUAUGUGUGCUAUGUUGGUUUGAUCGUGUAAGUAGCCAAAAGCUUUAUGCAAAUUAGGUAUGGUAUCUUGAUCAAAUUUCUUGAAA